GGCCCAGUAACAGAGAUACCCCAGAGAGAUGUCCCCGUCCUCUGUAUUCCCAGGAUUGUACAGAGGAGUAUCACAGGACCCCACAGGAGGAUCAGGUAGAACGUCUUUCUUGUAUAAAGGCAGAAGAUAUAAGGAGAGAAGAAGAGACAUAUGUGACUGAUAUAAAGGCAGAAGAUAUAGAGGAAGAAGAAGAGACAUAUGUGACUGAUAUAAAGGCAAAAGAUAUAGAGGAAGAAGAAGACACGUAUGUGACUGAUAUAAAGGAAGAAGAUAUAGAGGGAGAAGAAGAGAUGUAUGUGACUGAUAUAAAGGCAGGAGAUAUAGAGGGAGAAGAGGAGACAUAUGCGACUGAUAUGAAGGCAGAAGAUAUAGAGGGAGAAGAAGAGACGUAUGUGACUGAUAUGAAGGCAGAAGAUAUAGAGGAAGAAGAAGACACGUAUGUGACUGAUAUAAAGGAAGAAGAUAUAGAGGGAGAAGAAGAGAAGUAUGUGACUGAUAUAAAGGCAAAAGAUACAGAGGAAGAAGAAGAGACGUAUGUGACUGAUAUAAAGGCAGAAGAUACAGAGGGAGAAGAAGAGACGUAUGCGACUGAUAUGAUGACAGAAGAUACAGAGGGAGAAGAAGAAACGUAUGUGAGGGGUGAUCAGCAGUGUAAGGAGGAGGAGAUCCCUACAGAUAUCAGCACAGGAGAUGGACACACAAGCAGGAAUAUCUCAGAAGGACAUCUAAUGUUAUCCCCGGAUUGUGACAUAAAAGAUAAUGACAGUAGACAGGAUUCUCCAGGAGAUAACCCCAUUACCCCAAUUAUACAUCCAGCUCUAUCAGCUGAUCCCUCUGAUCCUGGGAAAUGUUCUCCUGAUCACUCUGAUAUUGGUGCAUCUGUUACAGCUCUGAGAGUAGAUUCAGUGUUUCCUUGUUCUAUAGAUGCACCAUGUUUUACACAGAACACAAACCGUAUUACUCAUCAGCCAGCUAAGGCAGGUGAGAGGCCAUUUCCAUGUUCUGAGUGUGGGAAAUGUUUUACAUAUAAAUCAUAUCUUGUUACACAUCAGAGAAGUCACACAGGUGAGAAGCCGUAUUCCUGUUCUGAGUGUGGGAAAUGUUUUGCACAGAAAUCAGCUCUUGUUACACAUCAGAGAAGUCACACAGGUGAGAAGCCAUUUUCAUGUUCUGAGUGUGGGAAAUGUUUCGCAUAUAAAUCAGAUCUUGUUACACAUCAGAGAAGUCACACAGGUGAGAAGCCGUAUUCCUGUUCUGAGUGUGGGAAAUGUUUUGCACAGACAUCAGCUCUUGUUACACAUCAGAGAAGUCACACAGGUGAGAAGCCAUAUUCCUGUUCUGAGUGUGGGAAAUGUUUUUCAUUGAAAUCACAUCUUGUUAGUCAUCAGAGAAGUCACACAGGGGAGAAGCCAUAUUCCUGUUCUGAGUGUAGGAAAUGUUUUGCACGGAAACCAGCUCUUGUUAUACAUCAGAGAAGUCACACAGGUGAGAAGCCGUAUUCCUGUUCUGAGUGUGGGAAAUGUUAUUCAUCGAAACCAGAUCUUGUUAUACAUCAGAGAAGUCACACAGGUGAGAAGCCAUUUUCCUGUUCUGAGUGUGGGAAAUGUUUUUCAUCGACAUCAGUUCUUGUUAAACAUCAGCGAGUUCACAGAUGAGAAGCCAUUUUCAUGCUGUGAGAGAAAUAAAUCUGCUCUUGUUGAACAUAUUAGACAUUACCCAAGUACGGAACCAUUUACAUCUUCUGGAGUAUAAUUAUCACUGCCGUCCAAUGUUCCUCAAGGGUGAAUCCUAUCUCCUAUGCUUUAUGCAAUAUAAAUGCUACCACUGGGUGAUAUAAUCAGACGUCUUGGCCUGGUCUACCACUGCUAUGCAGAUGACCUGCUUUUUGCUCCAUGUACUGAGAACCUAAUACCAAUCCUAAAUGGUUGUCUAGCUGAGCGCCAGGGGUGGAUGAUACCAGUUGGCUGUGACUCAGUCUUUGUGAAACAUAAUAGAAGCUCCCGAACAAAGGACAAGACUACAGCUUUACCAACCAUCUGGAUUUAUGCUUUGGUGUUCAGAAUUGCAAAAUACUAAACAUGUGCUGAAUCUUUGUGUUGUCCUGGUAUGUGGCUGACACAGACAUCAGGUAUCUGCCACAUACUAAUCCUCAUUCUUCCAUCUGUGGACCAUAGCCAGAAUCAAGCACUUGAUUCCCUCAGAAGUUCAUAGACUACUGCAAUGCCAUCUACCUGGGUCACCCAGCAAAAGAAUUACAGAGCUUGCAGCUAGUACAGAAUGCAGCAGCCAAGCUGUUACCUAACCAGCCCGUUCCUGCCUCCUAACACCCAUUCUCUAUUCCCUUCACCGGCUGCCUCUAAGAUGACAAAUCUAUUUCAUAAUUGGCUAACUGACCUUCCCAGCCCAACAUUACAUGGUCCAAGGAACUAGAAGCAGCUUCUGCCUCCUUACUGCCCUGCUUGCUUGCUUCUACAGAUGGACUGUUACCAGCAGUACCAAGAAUCUCCUGUCAUUCAUUUAUGGGUUGAACGUUUAGCUUUGACCAUGGAACUCACUGCCUUGCACAGUCCAAGAGGCCUCCACUCUAGAGACCUUCACAAGCAGACUGAUGACUGUUACUCACGCUUUUCAUUAAUGUACCUCUAUUUACUUCCUAAAUAAUACAUCCCAAAUGCUUAGGUCUUUUUUCUGCUGUUUAUUUUGUAUCUUGUGCUUUGUGUAAAUGUGAAUGUCUAAUACCAGUUUCCACAAUCUGUAUUGCUGCACGACAAUAUGGCGGCCAUUGGAACGUGUUUUCACUUCUUCUAGUUUGCCUAACUUGUUGCAGACACUCAUCUUGAUCAGGAGUGUCGAGUGUUUUCUUAUACAAGAUCCUGUCCAUAUAUACCCUGUACAUUAUCAUGUGCAUUAGAGUCACCCGGGUUCCAUCUGCGGUGGUUUGUUGUAUGUUACAUCUAUAUGGUGCGGAUACUCCCCUGUAUUUCAUAAUA